UGGCUCAUUGCUGCGGCUUGGCGUUUUAGUUAGUGCUGUUGCAUUUGAAGCUUUUCAAUUUGGCGGAACAACUUUUAGUUUUGUUUUGAGCGGCAAGCGGCAAAGAAGUUGUAGCGGCAAAAUGAGAAUUUAGUGUCGCUGACAUUGGAUUGCUUAAACUUAAACGUAAACGUAUUGUUUUUUUGUAAUUCUAACGAUAAACAAGUUGUGGCUCAUAGAGGUGCUGCCGAUUGUGCGUUAGAUGAAUCAUUACGCAGAUUGAUCCCAAGUUGAAGUAUUAACUAGUAUAGAAAAGGGAGAAUAAAAGUAAAAGAAAACCUGCAACAAUAACAUCAUCACCGACUACAGUAUUUCGUUGUGCUAAAUAUUUCAACUCCACGAGCAGGUUCAUUCCCGUUAAAAUUAACAUAUUUUAUCAUACUCCGUCGAGCCCAAAUCGAGAAAAACUAUUAGCCACAAGCGCUAAAUAAUAUUUGUAGCUUCAGUAAUAGAUUACGAAAUAGUAAAAUAAUCACGAAACUACAGUUGAAGCAAAAAAACAACAACAAUAUUACAAAAUGGCCUCCAAGACGCUUCGAACUGUAUGCGCCAUUUUACUCUUCACCACCUUGGCUCUAUGCAAGGAUAAUUUGCGCGUCGCUUACGAAUGGAAGGAGAUGGAUUACAAGUACGAGAAUGCUGAAGCGCGUUGGACGGCUAUUGAAAACCAUGAAUUCCGCCCAGAUAAUGUGAUACCUUUUGGAUUGGAAGUUUAUCGAUCGCGCAUGUAUGUAGCGUUGCCACGUUGGCGCGAUGGUGUACCGGCGUCAUUGGCCUACUUUGAUCUCGAUGACAAAUCAACAAAAUCUCCGUCGCUCACACCUUUCCCCAACUGGGAGGCUCACAGUCUGAGUGAACCCGAUCCGGAGCUUGUAUCACCCUUCCGCAUACGCGCCGAUCGCUGCGGACGCCUUUGGGUAUUGGAUUCACGCAUCGCUGGCGUCUUGGAGAACACAACCAUUUUCGGACCCGCUCAGCUGCUGGUGUACGACUUGCAUAAUGACAAUCUGUUGCGUCGCUACCGUUUCCCCAGCAGUCAUAUAAAACAAGGUUCUUUCUAUGCAAAUCUAGCCGUGGAGGAUGGCGACUGUGAGAAUACUUUUGCAUACGCUGCUGACUUGGGCGCUCCGGGUUUGGUGGUUUACUCAUGGGCCGUAGAUAAUUCCUGGCGUGUGCAACACAAUUUCUUCCACCCCGAGCCAUUAGCUGGAAAUUAUAGCAUUGGUGGUAUAGAAUUCCAAUGGGAUGACGGUUUGUACGGCCUAGCGUUGUCCAAGGCACAGUCAGAUGGUUUUGCCACACUCUAUUUCCAUCCACUUAGCUCAACGACCGAAUUCGCAGUUAACACUAGAAUGCUAAGAAAUAAAACCUUGGCUACAUCUAGUGGUAUCUAUCAUGACUUCAAAAUACUUGGAGCGCGUGGCAUAAACGGACAAGCUGGUGCUGCAUUUGUAGAUCCACGCACAGAAGUUUUAUUCUAUGCGCUGCCAAAUUUGAAUGCUUUGGAUUGUUGGAGUACAAACAAUGCUGAGUAUUCCGCAAGCACGCAAGGCCGCGUGUAUUCCAGCGCAUUGGAUUUGGUAUUUCCGAGUGAAGUGAAGGUUGAUGCGGAGGAUAGAUUGUGGGUGCUCUCAAAUAAUUUACAAGAAUUCAUUUACGAUGAACUCUACCCGGGUAGAGUAAAUUAUCGCAUUUUGACAGCGAAUGUGGUGGAUGCCAUCGAGGAUACAGCGUGCGAUACCAAACAGAAACCGUUGCCAGAGAUUAUGAAGAAUGAAUUAGAUACAAUACUGGAUACAGUGGUAAAUAGAACCGAGCAGGUGACGACAGCUGCUGGUGUGGCAACGAGAAGCUUAAGUGGCAUAGCAUUUGUUGGAGCGGUGCUCUUGGGUUUGGGAAGUUAUUUAAUUUAAGCUUACAUAAGUGUGUUUUAGAGAGUAAAGCUUUUGAAAAUAUUUCGAUAAUUUCGUAUAUAUAUGUAAAUACAUAUAAUUAAACUCCGUGGACCAUUGACAAAGCAACUUUUGUGUUUUUAACCGACUUCAAAAAAGGAGGCGAACAUCAAUUUGUCCGAAUAAUUUUUUUUCAUUUGGCUUAGUUCGGAUCAGUGGAAAAUGAGGACACUAACGGUACUCCUAAAUUUUUAUAUGAGCAUUCAAGUUACUUGUUGUGUUUUUCUUUUUUUGCUUAAAAAUUACUUAUUAAAAUGAUAAUUUUAGAUGAAAAAGAUGACAUAAAACAAAAAACAGUUUUUUACUAAGCAAUUUGUUAAGGGGGAAUGUGCAACCAUAGCGAAAUAUAUAUAAUUGGUUAAUACUUAAUGAAGAUAUGGAAUGAGAACUUUAAAACUGCAAUACCUUAGAGAACUCGAGAUAAGUUGCUUUGUCAAAAGUCCACAGUGUGGUAUUUAUAAUUAAAAAAAUUUGCAAAAGUGUACCUAUUAAACUUUUUACCAAUUGUAAAUUUGUUAAGUAGAUUAGGGUCACAGAAAGGCAACUGCAGUGUCAAAGCUAUGUGAGAGCAAAACAUUGUAAAUUUCAGUUUCUAAAAAAAUGUGUAAAAUACUUACGAAAUCACAAUUUUUAUAAAUACACUGAAUAAUUUUGAGCCUAACUUUGCUUAAGCCAUAAAAUAAAUACUUUAAUAUAUUUUACAGUUUACUAAAGCAGCCAGAAUUCUAUAUUUUUCCAAAUAACAAGACGAAAAAAAACCUUUAUGGUAAUGUGUAUAUCGUCGAUUGAUGUGCAAUCAGCAGUGUAUGAGGUGGCACAGAAAAAAAAAACAAUAAAGAAGAUAUAUAUAAUGAUACGAUUACUAGGGAGAGCAGAGAAAUUCA